AUGCGUGCCGCCGCCGAGUCCGUUGACGCCGUCGCGGAGCUCAUCAAGAGGGUGCCGCAGCAGCAGGCGACGCCGGAGGCCGCGCGGGGGUUCAUGAGGGACCUGGGGCUGGAGACCGAGAAGCUUUCGUUCACCUUCCGGCCGCCGGAGGUGGUGCGGCUCGCCGGGAGCCACGCGGCCGGCGCGGUAGCGAGGCCCGACGUCGCUGCCGACCUCCUCGUACGCUUGCCAAAGGAAUGCUUCCACGAGAAGGAUUUCUUAAAUCACCGAUACCAUGCAAAGAGGUGUCUUUACCUCUGUGUUGUUGAGAAAAACUUGAGGUGCUCUAAAUUAAUCCGCAAAGUUUCAUGGUCUACCCUCCAAGAUGAGACCCGAAAGCCUGUGCUUCAUGUAUAUCUAGAUGGUGUAAACCUACCCACACCAAAGUACAAUUGUAGCAUAUUGGAGGAUAUGUUUUUGGAGGAAAAUGCAGACUUUAUGAGUAGCACCUUUGCUAACUGGAAAGCUUUGCAAGAGGCCUUGGUGCUGGUAAAGCGAUAUUUGACCAUGUUUACUCAAUUGAAUCAUAUCUGUAUUCUUGUAGCAACUUCCAAGGUGUGGGCAAAGGGAUUGGUGAUUCAAUCAAUGAAGAAGCGUACGGUUACCAAAGAGGACAUUGCCACUUGCCUGAAGACAUUUGAUGUUGCCAUAUUUGAUAUAUCUGGCCACGUAAAUUUGGUGUUUCGGAUGACGAAGUCUGCUUUUUUAGAGCUUCAAGAUGAGGCAGCUUGCGCUCUUAGUUGCCUUGAUAAAUGCAGAGAUGGUGGACUUGAAGAGCUUUUUAUGACCAAAGUUGACUUUGGUGCUAAGUUCGACUCAUGCUUGAGGAUAAAUUUGAAAGGGAACUCUAAGGUUUCUGCAUUAAGCUAUUGUGUGGAUGACGAGUCUUGGAGAAUUCUUGAGAAAGAUGUUCAGUCUUUGCUGCAACGAGGACUUACAGAUAGAACAAAGAUGAUCCGAGUCCUGUGGAGAAGCACACCUUCUGAAUGGAAAAUAGUGGAAGGUUUCUCAGAAUUUGGCAGCAGUCCGCUUCUCGUUGGUAUGAUGGUCUCGUUGGAAAAAAGUUUUCGCCUUGUUGAUAUUGGUCCAAACCCUGAGAACCGCAUUGAGGCUAUUAAAUUUAGGAAAUUUUGGGGAGAGAAAGCUGAGCUUAGAAGAUUCAAGGAUGGAAAUAUUGCUGAAAGCACAGUUUGGGAAUGCCAAUCUUGGGAGAAGCACACAAUUAUUAAAAGGAUUGCUGAUUAUGUGCUUAUGAAACAUUUGUUACUGCAGAAGGAUGAUUUGAUUCAUGUUGUUGAUCAGCUGGACUUUUGCCUCUUAGUUGAUGGCCAAGAUCCAGUAUCGUCUUCUGGAGCUUUGCUUGAAGCUUUUGAUACUAUUGCUAAGCAGUUACGUCUCUUAGAUGAUGUUCCUCUUAAAAUAUCUACCGUGCAACCCCUAGACGCAACUUUUAGGCACACUUCUGUGUUUCCUCCUGAACCUCAUCCACUGGCAUAUGGAACGAAUUCUCAGAGGCUACCAAAAUGCGCAGCAACUUGCAUAAAAUCUUUAGAAGUUAUGAUUCAGCUAGAGGGAUCUGGUAACUGGCCCUUGGAUCCCGUGGCCAUGGAGAAGACAAAGGCUGCAUUUCUUUUAAAAAUUGGCGAAAGCUUGGAGGAUCAAGGAAUGUUUGUUUCAGCCAGUGAAGAUGAGGUGAAUGUCCUUAGAUCUGGAUAUUCAUUCUUACUCAAAAUAUUUCAUGAAAGAGGUUUAGUGCUGCAAAAGCCAGUUGGAGAUGACAAGACACAAAGUGCUCUAUCAGAAGAUAAGAUGCUUUUUCAGCGGAGCCAACACUCUAGUAUGAUCAAUGGUCUGCAUGGCCGUUACCAGGUGUAUGGACCAAUAGUUAGGCUAGCAAAAAGAUGGAUUUCUGCACAUCUAUUUUCAUCAUUUAUCUCAGAGGAGGCAGUUGAGUUGGUAGUUGCAUAUAUAUUUUUGAAGCCAUUCCCGUUCCAUGCUCCUUCUCGGGUUGCUGGGUUUCUCAGGUUUUUGCCGUUGUUAUCCAGUUUUGACUGGACCUUUUCACCCAUGGUUAUUGACAUAAAUAAUGACUUCACCCUGAAGGAUGAGAAGGAGAUCAAUGUUCCUAAAUGGAUAGCUGCUUAUGCUAAAAGCAGUGCGGAGCUUUUAACAAAUCUUACACUUCAUGGUCAAUCAGGGGAAUAUACAUGGGAGUGCCUGUUCCGAACACCUAUGAGCAAUUAUGAUGCUGUUAUUCUCCUCCAUCAAGAGAAGCUUUGUUGUCCCCAUCAUGUACUUUUUCCUGCCGAGACUCCCGAUGGUAAGUUGGUGGUCUGGGGCAAACCAAGUAAAGAUUUCUGCCCCUAUAUGCCACUUAACAAAGGGGCCGUGAAAGGUUUGCACGACGCAAGAGAGAAACUUUUGGUAAACUUUGACCCAACUACGUACUUCUUGCGAGACUUGAAGUGUGCAUUCUCCAAGACCUUCAAGCUGUGGUAUGGUUCAAUUGAAGGAGACGCUGUGGGUCUUACAUGGGAGAACCCAAAGAAGCGUGGCAGAGAGGAGGCUGAUGAAACUGCGCCAGAGCCGACAGCUAUCCUUAAGGAAGUUGGAGAUGUUGGUAAAGGUUUAGUGAGGGGUGUGUACCUUGUCAAGGCACCAAAGUUCCAGUAA